AUGUCCGCCGCCGUAGGCUCGCCGUUCCCGGCCGUGGCCGUGGCGCAGCACCGCCGGCGGGGUCGCGCCGCCGCUGUGCAGGUCCGUAGCUCGGCGAUGGCCGCGGCAACGCCCAUCCUGGACGACCUGAGGCUGCGGUGCGCGACGCCGCUCCCUCUGCUGCGGCACGUGGCGGACGCCAUGGCCGCGGACAUGCGCGCCGGGCUUGCCGUGGACGGCGCCGGCGAGCUCAAGAUGAUCCCCAGCUACGUCUACUCGCUCCCCACUGGGGAUGAGACCGGGCUGUUCUAUGCCCUGGAUCUUGGAGGCACCAACUUCAGAGUCCUCAGGGUGCAGCUGGGGGGAAAAGAUAGGCGUGUCAUCGACAGCGAGUCCGAGCAAGUGUCCAUCCCAAAACAAAUCAUGCAUGGUACAACUGAGGAACUGUUCGAUUUCAUCGCGGCCCGACUAUCGAAUUUUGUGGCCAAGGAGGGCGGCAACUUUCGUCUUCAGAAAGGUAGGAAGAGAGAGAUUGGUUUUACCUUCUCCUUUCCGGUAAAGCAAACUUCUAUUGAUUCCGGCAUUCUGAUCAAGUGGACAAAGGGUUUUGCCGUCUCUGGAACUGCUGGGAAGGAUGUAGUUGCCUGUCUAAAUGCUGCAAUGGAGAGACAAGGGCUUGACAUGCGUGUAUCUGCUUUGGUAAACGAUACCGUUGGAACCUUAGCUGGAGCGCAUUAUUGGGAUGAGGACGUGAUGGUUGCAGUAAUAUUGGGCACUGGCACAAAUGCUUGCUACAUUGAGAAAAACGAUUUUAUCCCAAAGCUCCUACACCUUGGGCCUGUAGCAGGAAACACGAUUAUCAACACUGAAUGGGGAGCGUUUUCAGAUGGUCUUCCACUAACUGAAUUUGACAGGGACAUGGAUGCUGAGAGCAUAAAUCCCGGUGAACAGAUAUUUGAGAAGACGAUUUCUGGUAUGUACCUUGGAGAAAUUGUGCGAAGAGUGCUGGCCAAAAUGGCUCAAGAGCAUGAUCUGUUUGGCCAUUCUUUCGCUGACAAACUUGCUCAGCCGUUUGUCCUAAGAACCCCACAUUUGUGUGCUAUGCAACAAGAUAGCUCCAAUGACCUGGGAGAAGUUCAAUUAAUCUUACGCGAUGUCAUCGGUGUCAAUGAAUCUUCUCUAGCGGAACGGAGGGCUAUCGUAGAUGUUUCUGAUUGCAUCGUCAAGAGAGGCGGUCGGUUGGCUGGUGCCGGUAUUGCUGGCAUUCUUCAGAAGAUGGAGAGCGACUCCAAUGGGCUGGUCUUAGGGAGACGAACAGCGGUCGCGAUGGAUGGUGGACUUUACGAGAAUUACCCUCAGUACAGGUCGUAUAUGACCGAGGCUAUGGUGGAGCUUCUCGGGCCCCAGGACUCGGAGCACGUAGUCGUUGAGCACACAAAAGAUGGGUCUGGCAUCGGCGCAGCACUGUUGGCUGCCGCAAACUCAAAAUAUGCAGCGCAGUCCUCGACAUGACAGUCAUCAGGAACCUGCAACAUGGAGAGUUUGCUGCUACGUACAUUGGGUGGGUUCUGGACUUUACAACAGGAGGUUAUCAACCGAACAAAUCACAUCAACCGAACCGAGACCUAGAUCACAGGAGAUUACAACAGAUCUGGCUUAUUAUUGUAUUAUCCAAGAUCCAAACACGCAAAUGUUAA